CGUUUUGAUAAAGGUUUUUAACGGACUUUUCAACCAAAUCAUCUUCAGUUAUCAUUAAUGAUCUCUCCGAUCGUAAUCAUUUACUUUAGCAAUUUAAUUUUAAUUAUAAAAGUGCUUUUUGGGAUGUAGGCUCUUGAGUAAUGUCUCUAUUACAAAUUUUAAAUGAUGGAAGCUUACUUGCCUGUUUGAUUUUGAUAAUGUGAGGAGUGUUGAGUCCUGUUUCAUGUGUUUUUGUUCCUGUGCUUAAAUACAUUGAUAAAAUGUGUUACAAUGGACGGAAGAAAUAGCUGAUUAAGAAACUUAAUCGUAAAGUAUUUAAAAAAAUAUCAAAAUGGCGCCAGAGCCACUGGAUAUCUCGGAGCAUGAGUUGCUCUUCAAAGCAACCGAUUUAUCCAAACUGGCCUCCAUAGAUUUGUCUCAGUACCUGGAGGCAUACAUGAGGAAUAUUAGAAACCUCUACAAUAACUCCUCAGCAGUAAAAGAAAUGAAUUUUGCUGAAGCUGCGAUGGUGAUUCAGAAUUCAUCGAUUAUCUUUGCCAAGAAUGUCGACUCAAUUUGGGCAAGAGCUAUGAACAUACGGCUUGCUUUAUCUGCUAACAUGAACCGGAAAAAAAGUAACGAUGAUGAAGACGAUGAGGAUUGUGAUGUAGGAACUGGCGAAGAAGGUGCUGAUAAGCAAAAAGAAAAAGCAAAAAAGAAGAAAAAGAGAACGUUCAAUGUUGAAGAAUUUAAACUCCUUCCUUUUCUUAAUACUGAUAAAAAUAUUGAUAUGAAACUUGACAAGAAAGAGGAUAAACUAGCAAAGCAAUCAGAUAAACUUGUCCUUCCCACCUCCUUGCGAAUCAAAAGUAAGGUUAAUAAAUCGAGAGAUAUUUUCACACCUGAAGGAGAAGCAGUCGGGAAAAUGGAUGAAUUCAGAUUAUUUUGGCCCAUUACAAAAAGCGGUUAUUUACAAGAAGAUUAUGAACCUGAUGAUCGGUGUGUGUUUCCUGAAAGAAUCAUCGAACAAAGUUUUACAGAGGCUGCGGAGCAUCCUGUUAAUGAGGAAAUUUUCAAUAAUGACAUGGAUCACUCGAUGAUGGAUGGACACAAUCCUCUGUCCCCGCCUCCACCAACACCACCACCAACCCCUCCGCCUAUGGACCUCCCCAUGAACGACUCGCCUGAAAGUUUAAAAGAUACUCAAGAAGAAACUGAAAAAGAACGCGAGUGUCGGCAGAAAUUACAAAAAAAUCCAGAGCGAGAAAACAUUGUGUCCCUAGAUAAAGUUAUAGCAAAAGCGUGGGAACCCAUCCCUUUGGACAAAGGCAAUCCGAAUCGGCCUUUGGUAAAACGAAGAGUAUACAAGUUGGAUACAAGUGAUUCGUCUAGUUCGAGAAAAAAGAAGAAUAGAGGAAAGACAGAUACAGAGUCAGAAACGUUUAUUGUGUCAGAAAUGUUCACAAAGGGUAAAUAUUAUCUUAACAAAGGCCACGGGUUUGAUCCAUGGGUUCUAGCAGAAUUCCACGCGGUACAGAUGAAAAGACUGAAAGACGCUCCCAACAGGAAGAGAAAAAUAUUAGAAAUGUUAGAUGCUGCUUCAGAGUAUGAAGGAGAUUUUUAUGGUUUUGACGAUACUGAAAUUGAUGGUGGCGCAGAUUUUGGGGAUGACGACGAUGAUGGUGAUAACAAUCAUCAAGAUAAUAAUGUUGAAAAUAUUGAAGUUCCUCUGCCGGCUCACGACAAUGCAGGGACCAUUUUCGAUGGCAUCGGACCGAGUAUUUGGAAUGAAAACGCAGAUGAACCUGUUGACGCUGGUGAUCAGUAUGAAGCUCAUGCCCUCCGAACUAUUCAGCAAUAUAAUGCAAACAAAACAUUAGAUGAAUCUCGUGCCAAUGAUUUAGCCUUAAGAGUGAAUGCAUGGCAUGAAAUGAUAGCGCCUGUUCUUAAAGAAGCGGAAAAUAGAAGUAGCUUUGACAUUCACGAGUAUGGAAGUAGGAUACUCAGCCAUUUUCCUAACAAUAACAGUAGAACUACGAUUCCGUUUGAAAGGAUAGCCGGCGGUCAACCACCAGAAGAAGUUGCUCGAUAUUUCCUGUCAUCAUUAGUUUUAGCAAAUACGUACAAUGUGGAACUUAGCAAAUCCGUCAAGAAAGACCUGGCGAUGAAUUGUUUGGAGCUGACGAUUCUCAGCAAAACGAGGCACGCCGAUGAAAUAGAUGACAACAUGCGAAGCAACAAUCGCGCAUCCUAGUAUUCCACAUAGACUGCUUGGUUUUAGAUUUAUGAUUCGUUGUUUUUUUUUUAAUUCAAAGGAUAAGGUUUUAUCUCGUUUUUGUGUGUAGUUAAGUGUACAGAGAGCACCUUUAAAAGGUAUGCAUUAUGUGAUCUCAGUUCUUGUAGAUUCUGGUUCAUCUGUUUAUUUUUCUACUUGGUACUCAUAGGUGUAUUUAGUAGGGUUUUGCAGUCACAUGGAAUAUUUUUUGUCUUUUUCUCUAAUUGUUUUGAUUAUUGUGACCGCAUAAUCUUAGUUUCUGGCAAAAGCAGGUUGCAAAAGUUAUGUAGCACACCCCACGUGAUCAUCUUUUCUUUAGUAUUAUGGCAAUUAGUAUUGUGAAGCCAUAUUAUAAGCUACCCUCCGGAUUAUGAGACUGAACUUUUUGUUUUUCGAUCUUUGGAUAAUACUUUGACUUAUUUAUCCCAUGAGCUCUUUAAUUAAUUUUCUGAUCAAUUCAUCGACUAACUUCUGCUGAGUCAAAUAAUGCUCAUCCUAGAAAUUGCCGCAGAAGUGAUGGAAAUAUUACCUGUUCAAAGCUUCUUUUUCACUUCCUCUGCAAGACCUUUUGAGUUUUCUGGCCGGAUUGUUUCCUAAGCAGAAACUCAACAUAUCUAAAAUCAUAACAUCAUUGGAGCAUCUGUAGGCAAUCAAGUAAACAGUUAAAACCUUAUAUGUAUUUCUCAUUGGUUAGAAUAUUUGCACGCAAGGACAGUAACAGCAUAUUCAUCCAUGUUUUUUAUCCUAUGACUACACUCAAUAUUUUCCUCUUUUUUUUUCACUGCUUGUCUCUGAAAUUCCUUCUCUAGAUCUACAAUCUUUUUCUGUGCCAAAAAGAGAGAUGGGGUCAAAUGAAAAUGAAAAUGCCUGUUUGGAACCAGGGUCAUCUUUGUUUUCUAUCUUUCAUUUUGUGACCCUAGUCUCUUAUUUAUAAGGUGAGAAGGUUCCUCUCAGUUUUAAUGAUUUGCAACCUUUGCUGAGGGCUUGCCAUGGCUAGAUCGGAAUGCACUCCCUCACUAGGUUUUUCUGCAAGAGCGGAAGAUGUGCAAUUAAGGUGCCGUGUGUAAGAAGGACCUUCAUUGGAAUGUUUUAGAAUCCCCGCUGAUAUGAAUUUUGUUCAUCUUGAACAAAGUGAUUGCAUGCAUUUCAGGCAAAUUUUGUUAUGAUUUCACAAUGUUCUGUAGAAAAACUUCAGGUGAAUUAAUCAUGAAAUUCCUCCUCCAUUCCCUCUGUAUCAAAAACAGUAGUUUCAUACCUUUUUUGCAUCAGCAUAAGGUUUCCAAACUUGGAAAGAACGUAUUGCAAUUGCCAAGUUUCAACACUUCCAUUCCUAUUUUAUUUUGUGAAGAGGAAACGUACCAACUGUAUUGCUGAAAAUAUGUACAGAAAGUUCUUCUAUCACAGGAAAAAGCACAGAACUUUUCAAGACAUGUCUUCAACUUGUAUCCCAAUUAAAAAAUAAUGUCUGACAAAAAGUCUGCACUUUUGUCAAUUUGUCCGUUUAAAGCUCUGAAUUCAAAUAUCUCUCAGUUUUCUCAAAUUUGCCAAAAGCAAGAAUCCUAUCUCGUCUUAAACUUGGAGCAUUUUUGCUGGAAGUCACCAUAAAAGUCACUCUCUUUCUUGUUGUAAGCAGCUUCAGUUAUUACUUUCAAUUUAUGUUUGAAAAAGUUUGAGUGAAAUUUUCACUCCGGAGUUACAGGCCUAGGUACUCCUUACCGGUUCGAACUCUAUUCAGAAUGUUUGUAUGUAUUAGAGUUUGGUGCUUGUGUUUCUUCUUCUCUCUUUCCAUGGCUCUUGUGUAUUUCCAAUCUGUACUUUUUCUAAUUUUCAAUGUUAUUCUUCUUUACCUGUGAGCAAUAAUCUUUAUGUUCUUAAAAUCUGUUGAAACCAAUACUAAAUCUCUAUUCCAAAAUUAAAUUUUUUUGUCCUAUUUUA